GCGGUCCGGCGGCUGGGUAGUGACGGGAGCGCGGACGUCGGCGGCCCGGCAGUCGGGGUAGUGACGGGAGCGCGGACGUCGGCGGCCGGGCGGUGGGGGGUAGUGACGGGAGCGCGGGCGUCGGGCGCGCGCGGUCCCGGUGAGUCCCCGCAGAGCGCCCUGAGGUUCUGGCGGGUCCCGAGAGGAAGGGUAGCCAUUAGCUGCCCCACCCGGUGACGGACGCACACCGCCCCACAGGCCCGCGCGGCCCUGCGCUGCGCGGUGAGCCGCCUGUGGGAGGCGGAGCCGUGUCCUCUCGGUCGUCCGGACACUAACCACCGCUUCUAACCCCGACUCCGGUCAACCCCGAGCCCCCAACUCCGAGGUCCCCCAACCCUGAGUCCCCACCCCGCUGCCUGUCAACCCAAGCCGCCCAACUCCAACGGCCUUCAACCCCGAGCCCCCUAACCUCGACGCCCCCUUCACCCCGACACCCGUCAACCCCAACGCCUGUUAACCCCGAGGUUACCCAACCUGAUGACCCUCCAAAAUGACACCCCCAACCUGGAUGGCCACUAACCCCGGUGUCUCCUAACCUGCCGUUUCCCAACCCUGCAGCGCGCUUGCGCCCUUUCCCUCUGGCUCUGUGCUGUCCCAGAUGGAGAAGCAAUGGCUUCCACUUUGCCUCCCUAGCACGCGCUGGGGGCCAUGAGCUCUACCCCACCUCAAAUGUGCAGGGUGGGGUGCGUGGGGAGACUGCCUGGUCAGGGCACUAGCAGACCACAGAGCUGGGGUCAAGGGCGCUGCUGGCCUUUCAGGAGACUGAGAAGGAAGGGUUCUCCAUGUGGUGGCAGAGGACACAGGACAUUUGACCCAGGAGAAAGUGGGCUAUGACCUUGCAUCUGCCUUCUGCAUCCUGAUUUCUCUGGGUGGGAUUUUGGAAGAGAUAAAUCCUCCCUUGCUGCUGCUUUUCUAAGGGGUCUGAGAGCCACAAGGUGAAGGCCCCAGACCUGGCUCCUCACCUCUAGACAGGGGGAAAGUGAACCAGGCAGGUCCUCAAUUCAUCAUCUCCUGGACCCAACACACCCACCUUGAGGUCAACCACACCGGAUAGGAAAUCCCCUGACACAGGCCACUAGGUGUUCUCACAGUCUGCUGCCUGGCCUGGCCCCACACACCCCUACCUCACCCCCCAGCCACAGCCUCAUCGCUGAGGCACCGGGAGCUCCUGGCUGCACUAGGCCUUGGCUGAGCUGCCCACACCCGCCCUUGACCAGCUGGGAGAGGAGUAGGACUUGGCUGCGGUUCCGGGUUCCUGGGCAGCCAUGGGAGAGCUGUUUACAGAGAGGGAAGUGGCUCUGGUGUUUCUCUUCUUGGAGAACACAGCUUUCCACCAGGGUUUUCCUUUCAGUGAAGACAUAAUUUAAGGAGAAGAGGAACCCAGGAGAAAAGGCUGAAGGCAUUGCUCUGCCGCAUGAGCGUGAGUUGAGGGAACAUUUGCCCUGAACCAGUGCUUCUUUUCACCUUGACUGUUUUUUUUCAUUUUUAGCCAUGAAGCAAGAGGAAGAUGCCAGCCCAGAGCUCGUGGGGAUUGUGAUUGGAGCCCUCCUGGCCCUCGCCCUUGUUGGCAUCACCGUCUUUUUUGUGUAUAGGAGAGUUAACCGAUUCCGACAGGUACAGCCCACUCCGCAGUACAGAUUCCGAAAGAGAGACAAAGUGAUGUUUUACGGCAGGAAGAUCAUGAGGAAGGUGACCACGCUGCCCCACACUCUUGUGGGGAGCACGGCUGCCCCCCGGCAGCGGGCAAGGAAGAGGACCAAAGUGCUGUCUUUGGCCAAGAGGAUUCUGCGUUUCAAGAAGGAAUACCCAACCCUGCAGCCAAAGGAGCCACCACCCUCCCUGCUGGAGGCGGAUCUCACAGAGUUUGACGUGAAGAAUUCUCACCUGCCAUCAGAAGUUUUGUACAUGCUGAAGAAUGUGAGGGUCCUGGGCCACUUUGAGAAGCCACUGUUCCUGGAACUUUGCAAACACAUGAUCUUUGUACAGCUGCUCGAAGGGGAACACGUCUUUCAGCCGGGGGAACCAGAUACCAGCAUCUAUGUAGUGCAGGAUGGGCGCCUGGAAGUCUGCAUCCAGGACGCGGAUGGCACCGAGGUGGCGGUCAAGGAGGUUCUGGCUGGAGACAGCGUCCACAGUCUCCUCAGCAUCCUGGAUGUCAUCACUGGCCACACUGCUCCAUACAAAACCGUGUCCGCCCGCGCGGCCGUCCCUUCCACCGUCCUCCGGCUCCCAGCAGUGGCUUUUCAAGGAGUUUUUGAGAAGUAUCCUGAAACCCUGGUGAGGGUAGUGCAGAUCAUCAUGGUGCGGCUGCAGAGGGUCACCUUUCUGGCUCUGCACAACUACCUGGGCCUGACCACAGAGCUCUUCAACCCUGAGAGCCAGGCCAUCCCCCUGGUGUCUGUGGCCAGCGUGGCUGCUGGCAAGGCCAAGAGGCAGGUGUGCUGUGGCUCUGAGGAUCGUCUUGAGAGGCCCCUCCGGCCCCAGGAGUCCUGCGAUCCAGAUCGAGGGGGCAGCCGUGCAGCAGCUCCUGGGCCUCUGCUGAAGAGGAGCCAGUCCUUCCCGCUGCCUUCUGUUCACGAAGAGAUCCUGGAUGAGCUCGGCAAGGCCCAGGCAGGUGACCAGGCCCCUUUUGCUCCACCAGGGGGCACAGCAGGUGCAACCUCAGACCUGAGGAUGGCAUGUGACCGUGCCAGGGUCCUUCUCCAUGCAGAAGAACGCCUUGGGAGCUCUGUGGCCAGCAAGUCCAAGAAGAACGUGAUUGUUGCAGACACUCCCUCUGCGGUCUUCCACUACUCAGAGACUAACUUAGAUGAGACUGUCUCCAGCAGGAAGACAGAUGCUAUCUUCAGAGCCGCCAAGAAGGACCUGCUCACCCUGAUGAAGCUGGACGACACCUCGCUCUUGGAUGGCCGGGUGACGCUUCUCCAUGUUCCGGGAGGCACGGUGGUGUCGAGGCAGGGAGACCAGGACGUGAACAUCCUCUUUGUGGUCUCGGGGCUGCUGCAUGUGUACCAGCGGAAGAUCGACAGUGAGGAGGACACCUGCCUAUUCGUGGUGCGCCCGGGGGAGAUGGUGGGCCAGCUGGCAGUGCUCACGGGAGAGCCCCUCAUCUUCACCAUCAAGGCCAACAGGGACUGCAGCUUUCUCUCCAUCUCCAAGGCCCACUUCUACGAAAUCAUGCGGAAGCAGCCAACGGUGGUCCUGGGCGUGGCGCACACCGCCGUCCAGCGGGUGUCGUCCUUCGUGCGGCAGAUCGACUUCGCGCUGGACUGGAUGGAGGUGGAGGCCGGGCGCGCAGUGUACAGGCAGGGAGACAGGUCAGACUGCACCUACAUCGUCCUCAGUGGCCGGCUACGCUCUGUGAUCCGCAAGGAUGAUGGCAAAAAGCGCCUGGCGGGGGAGUAUGGCCGCGGAGACCUCAUCGGUGUGGUGGAGACGCUCACCCACCAGGCCAGGGCGACCACAGUGCAUGCCGUUCGGGACUCAGAGCUGGCCAAGCUUCCGGCGGGAGCCCUGACAUCCAUCAAGCGCAGGUACCCGCAGGUUGUGACUCGGCUGAUUCAUCUCUUGGGUGAGAAGAUUCUGGGCAGCCUCCAACAGGGAACUGCUUCUGGUCACCAGUUUGGGCUACACACUGCAGGCAGCAAGUGGGACUCGGGGAACCCUGCCAGCAACCUCUCUACGGUGGCGGUCAUGCCUGUGUCGGAGGAUGUGCCCCUCACCGCCUUUGCCCUGGAGCUCAAGCACGCCCUCGGUGCCAUCGGCCCUGUCCUACUGCUGACCAGUGACAACAUCAAACAGCGCCUUGGCUCUGCUGCUCUGGACAGUAUCCACGAGUACCGGCUGUCCAGCUGGCUGGGGCAGCAGGAGGACAUCCACCGCAUCGUGCUCUACCAGGCGGACAGCACGCUCACACCGUGGACCCAGCGCUGCAUCCGGCAAGCCGACUGCAUCCUCAUCGUGGGCCUGGGAGAGCAGGAGCCCGCUGUGGGCGAGCUGGAGCGGAUGCUGGAGAGCACGGCCGUACGAGCCCAGAAGCAGCUGGUCCUGCUGCACCGGGAGGAGGGGCCGGCACCCUCCCGCACCGUGGAGUGGCUGAACAUGCGCAGCUGGUGCUCCGGCCACCUGCACCUGUGCUGCCCGCGCCGCGUCUUCUCCCGGAGAAGCCUGCCCAAGCUGGUGGAGAUGUACGAGCGAGUCUUCCAGAGGCCCCCAGAUCGGCACUCGGACUUCUCCCGCCUGGCUCGGGUGCUGACUGGCAAUGCCAUCGCCCUGGUGCUUGGGGGUGGAGGAGCAAGAGGCUGUGCCCAGGUUGGCAUCAUCCGGGCCCUGACGGAGUGUGGCAUCCCUGUGGACAUGGUUGGAGGGACGUCCAUCGGGGCCUUCAUGGGCGCUCUAUACUCCGAGGAACGGAACUACAGCCAGAUACGGAUCCGGGCCAAGCAGUGGGCUGAGGACAUGACGUCGAUGGUGAAGACUGUGCUGGACCUGACCUACCCCAUCACCUCCAUGUUCUCGGGGGCCGGCUUUAAUAGCAGCAUCUGUAGCGUCUUCAAGGACCGGCAGAUCGAGGACCUAUGGAUCCCCUACUUUACCAUCACCACAGACAUCACAGCCUCUGCUAUGCGGGUCCACACGGAUGGCUCCCUGUGGAGGUACGUGCGUGCCAGCAUGUCUCUGUCAGGCUACCUGCCUCCCCUCUGCGACCCCAAAGACGGACACCUGCUGAUGGACGGGGGCUACAUCAACAACCUCCCAGCGGAUGUGGCCAGGUCUAUGGGGGCAAAGGUGGUGAUUGCCAUUGAUGUGGGCAGCCAGGAUGAGACGGACCUCACCAACUAUGGCGACGCGCUGUCUGGAUGGUGGCUGCUGUGGAAGCGCUGGAACCCCUUGGCCACAAAAGUCAAGGUGUUGAACAUGGCAGAGAUCCAGACACGCCUGGCCUAUGUGUGCUGCGUCCGGCAGCUGGAGAUGGUGAAGAACAGUGAGUACUGUGAGUACCUGCGCCCCCCCAUCGACAGCUACGGUACUCUGGACUUUGGCAAGUUCAACGAGAUUUGCGAAGUGGGGUAUCAGCACGGGCGGACAGUGUUUGACAUCUGGGGUCGAAGUGGUGUGCUGGAAAAGAUGCUACAGGACCGGCAGGGAACGAGCAAGAUGAAGGCGUGUGAUGUCCUCACCUGCCCCAAUGCCUCCUUCACGGACCUUGCUGAGAUUGUGUCACGCAUUGAGCCUGCCAAAGUAGCCACAGUGGACGACGAGUCUGACUACCAGACGGAGUAUGAGGAGGAGCUGCCAGAUGGCUCCAAGGACACGUAUGCUGACUUCCAGAGCGCCCCGGCCCACUUGGGCUCCGACUCGGAGGACGAACCCUCACCUCGGCCUCGGUACCCCAGUCUGGCUUCCCCAAACUGCCCUGCUGUUGAUAUGCUGACGGAGAUGGGUGGAGCCCCUCACUCUGAUGCGCCCUAGAGUCCGCCUCUGCUGUGGGCCUUUCUCAGAGACCGACCGGGCUCCUAGAGUUCCCGGGGGCUCUUCCCCACCGGGCUGGGGCCCAGCGCCCUGUGCACCAUGGGUCCAGCUUCGUCUGUGCCGGACCCAACCUGUAUGUGUUUGGGGUGGGGGGUGGGGGGGCGGCGGGGGCAGGUCUCUGGCUUCUGUGUACUGGCAGCGGCUGGUGGAGCACUCGGUCCUGGCACCCCUGCACACACAGCAGUCCUAGGGGCUCCUUGAGGCCUCUGAGAGAUGUUGGAGCCCCUGAAGCAUCAGGGCCUGAUGUGCCAAUAAAGGUAGCUCUGCUUGUGCGUGGA